AUGGCGAAUCUACUAUUGCUGUUAUCAGCGAUUUUCGCUGCGGAUACGCUGAUUGCCGGCACGCGCGCGGACGAGGAGCUCAAUGUUACGAUCAAGCUGCUGCAGGAGCAAGUGAGCGCGUUAUUGGAUCAUCGACAGGAGGAUUAUAAUGCCCUGGAGGAGAGUUUGAAACAGGCAAUGGAGAAGAACACGGAACUCAUCGUCCUUAGGAACGAAGUGAAGCAACUAAGGAAGGAAGUGAACGCUCUUCGCGGCGGAAGCGGCAACGAGGCGAAGAACGAGCGAUUGAGGGUGCGAUGGCUAGGCAGCGCCGUGACGGAGCUGCAGAGCGAGGUCGCCGAGGUGCUCAGGACGCGGAACGCCAGCGAGGAGCUCGCCGAGCGCUCGAGGAUGAGGAGCGAGCUGGCCCUGCUCAAGGGCGACGUCGCCGAGGUCGGCAGGAGCAUACGCGACCUCGGGGGGAGGAUCACCAAGAUCGAGGCCACCCUCGGCACCAUCAGGCUCGACAUCGCCGCGACCAAGGAACGUGCCAGCCUCCUGUCCCGCUCCUGCGCGGACGUCAGCAGUCAGUUAAGCACGGUGCAGAUCGAGCUGAAGUCCCUGAAGUGCGAGUCCUGCACGCUGCCCGGACAGCGGCAGGAUCCGCACAAGCCGGAGUAUCGCAGCAAGGCAGACAUCUUUCGCAACGAGGUGAGCGGAUCGCACGAGGCUACGUCAGCCCGAAGGCACAGCUAUUCUCGCGCCCUGGCUCAUCGGGCUCGGCUCGAGGAACGACUGCGUAACGUCGAGCGGAAGAUCUCCGUGGUGGCGCGGAAGCGAGCGAUGGUGGAGAAGCGGGUGGUGUACGAGGACCGCGAGAAUCUCGAGGAGCGAGUGCGGAGCCUCGAGCUGGCGCAGGCGGAGCUCUCGAUGAAGGUGUCCAACGCGAGCCGGGAUCUGGUGUCGAUGAACGAGCUGGACGAGUCGGUGGUACGGCUGUACGACUCGGUACGUCUGCUCGAGGAGGCCGUUUUCACCAAUCGCUCCGAAGUGAAGCGGGAGCUGGCGAGGCUGGAGAUAAAUGCGGCGCGAAAGGCGGCCGAGCUGUCGUUGACCAGGGAGGAGCUCGGCAAUCUUCGCCGGGCGGUUCAGGCGCUGAGCGUGAGCGCGUCGCAGUUGCAGGAGAAGAGCGACGUGCAGCGGAAGAGUCUGGACGCCUUGAAUGAGACUCUCAGCCGACUGGACCUCUCUCGGAAUCUGGCCAAGGCAGCGAACGUCACGCACGAGCUGGAACAGGUGGAGGAUCAGUAUCGCCUGAUGGUGGAUUCCCUUCCGGGGAAUUGCGAGGAGCGCGACGGCUUGACUCUGCUGGCACCCGGUCCCGGGACACCUCUGCUGGCCUCCUGCCGCGCCGGAUGGAUCGUCGUCGCCCGCAGAAUCGACGGCGCGGUCGACUUCGAUCGCACCUGGAACGAGUACUCGGUCGGCUUCGGCUCGCCGGUCAGCGAGUUCUGGCUCGGUAACGAGGCGCUGCAUCGGCUCACCCGCGACAAUUGCAGCAGGCUGCGGGUCGACCUGACCGACACCUACGGCGUGCGCUGGCGCGCCGAGUACGAGCACUUCACCGUCGAUUCCGAGGAGACCGGUUACCGGCUGCACGUAUCCGGUUACUCGGGCAACGCGACCGACGCGCUGUCCUAUCAGGACGGCAUGGCGUUCAGCGCCAAAGAUCGUGACAUGGACAUCAGCACCACCGACUGCGCGGCCAACUAUCGGGGUGGAUGGUGGUUCAGUCAUUGCCAGCACGCCAAUCUCAAUGGCAGAUAUUCCUUGGGCCUGACGUGGUUCCAGUCGACGUCCAACGAGUGGAUGGCAGUCGCGUCUUCCGAGAUGUCGGUGCAACGGAAGCAAGACUGUUGAUGAUCUCGAAUCCAUAAGAA